ACAAUAGGACCAAAUGACCCCGCUCUUCAACAAGCUGGACAAUGCCUGGUCAAUUAUGCCCGCAUCCUCUCAUAUGGAUCACUUACCUCGACAUGCAAACAAGCCAAAAUAACAAUACAAUGCUUGGAAGAAUCCAUCAACACUUGUUCACAAUGCGAGUCGAGUGCCCUCUCUUCAAUCUCCACCAUGAUAGAAACCACCAUGAAGAUGGUGUGUCACCCGGACACUUGCAAUCUCGGGGUUGCUGAACAAUGUGUGGGAGAGGCGUUCUACCACCUGCAUGCCCCCAUGUACAGAGAAGGAGGAUCCAUGAUGGUCUGCAGUGCCCUUCACUCGUCUAUAACCUGUGCAAUGGAAGCAUCGGUGGACUGUGGCCAGUGGCUGAUGGCAGACAAAGAAGAGGAUGACAAGAAACCAGUCAUGGAAGACAAUCUGUCCACUGAUUCUGGAAAGCACCUACUUGUUAAACAGUACCUUACAUUUGUCAAGGAUAUGAAGAUGCAAUGGGAAGAAAAGGAUCCUGAAUGGGACAAGGAAGAAGACAAUAAAGAAGAUGAGAUUAAAGAUGAAGACAUGGAAAUUGAAUGGUGGAAAUUUGAAACUCAAGAUUUAGACAAGAAAGAUCUCAAGAAAACCCCCCCAAAGAAAUCAGGCAGUUGGAAAUCUUGGAUGGAAUCUAGAAGUGAAGAUGAAAGUGAAAGUUCAGAAAGGUCAGAUUCUGGUGGUUGGCCAAAGGAAGGUGAAGAACAGAUGCAUGGCUAUAUGGACAGAUUGACUGAAUUCAUGGAAAAAGAUGAUGAUGAAGAUGAAAUGUCUGAUAGAGAAGCUGAGAUGGAUAAGCGUUCAGAUGGAUCAGAUGAAUCCAGCUCUAUGUCUGGAUCCAGUGAAGAUCAAGAAAUGCUUAGUCAACAUCUUGAUGACAUUAAGGGUAGAGUCUGGUACCUGGUAAGAAAGCUUGGAGAAAAGGACCAGGAGGAUAAAGAUGAAGGUGAUAAUAAGGGUGAUAGGGAUGGUGAAGGCAUUAAGAUGGACAGUGAACUUGAAGAAAUGAUGGAAGAGUUUGAAGGAAAUGUGAAUGAUUUGAGAGAAAGCAUCAUGAAAGCAAUGACCGGAUCAGCUGUUCAGAGGAAUAUCAAAAGAUUGGGAUACAUGCGAGACAAAUUUGCGAGGUUUAUGGAGGAACAUAGAGACGUUGGAGAAAACAUGCCGAAAGAGUUCACAGAGAGACUUGACACUGCAAAGACAUUCAUUGAAACAGAGACCACAAGCCAGUUGGAGAAUCUACGAGUGAGGCUGGAGUAUGUUAAAACAUCAUUGUGGUUUCUCAGCACAUAUAAGCUACCAGAAUUUUGUAUGACAAAACCAAUCUUGCCUCAAUUUGAUGGUCCCUAUGACAACAGUAUGAUGCUGGUCGGUGCCCUGCUAACAAAUCCUUACCUGACAAAGGAGCAAGUGUGCAGUUUUCUUGGCAAUGUUUGGGAAACAAUUAGAGAGAAAGAAGGUGAAGAAGGUCAUGAAGAUUUCAUGAAGGUAGCAGAUGACACUUUUCAAUAUGCCCGCUUGAUUGUUGGAGAUAUCUGUGAAUCAAUUAAUGGUAAAACGAUUCCAGAAAGGAAUGAUACUAAUUCCACAGAGCCUGAAGAAGAGCCGGACUGUAUCAAGCCUGAUGUGUAUAAACCAGUGUGUGAACAAAUGAAUGUUACGAAAUGUGUCAAUCUUCAAGAAUUGGUUUCUACUGCCAACGAGGCGGAAAUAUCUGGUGAUUUUGAUAAACUGUGCAUGAUGGCAAAAGCAGGCAUACUAUGCUAUCACCAAAACACAGAUGCUUGUGAAGAAGGGACCAUAGAGCUUCAGACACAGAGGGUAAAGAAAGCCAUUGAGCGUUUUGCGGGAGGGGGACUCUGCGAGAUCUCACCACCCAAGAUUUGUGAGCCCGAGCCUGAAUGUGAGCCCAAAAAAGCCCUCUCAGAAUGCUUUGUGGUGGAUGAAGGUUUAAUUGAGUAUAUGGACAUAUGUCAGUUCAUUGCGGGACAAAUUAUACCGUGCCUGAAGCAAACAGUUGGUGGAUGCCAUUCCUCUGUAGAGACAGUCUUGGUACAGAUUGAAUAUGAAAGAUUCAUGGCAAAGAACGAAGCCACAGAAUGUGACCUUGACUUUCACCUCUGGAAAACUGACGCUACACUCCCAGUCGCUAGAUGCUUGAAGGGGUACUUCACAGACCUUGUCGAACAAAUCAGAAUAAAGCCAACCUUUCCAAAGGCCUUGUGUGUUGCCAUAGAUAAAUACUCCGUCUGUGAGGCUGAGAGCAACUUCCCACUGAUACAACAAGUUAUUGCUGCAUCCCAUAUAGAAUUCUAUGGCCGAUACUACCUGACACACUGUAUUGAUACUGAGGUGGAUGACACUAGAAUAGAUUUAACUGACUGCCCUGUUGAAGCGGUCAUUCAGAAAGCUGGGAUGUACAUGAAUGGUUUCGAGAUGUAUGGUGGCGCCCGAUGGUCAGCACCGAAAUACCAACUAGCCUGCAGUGUGGAGACCCUACAAGGAUUAGAUGACUGGAUUCAAAGCCAAGUAUUCGAUGGUUCAAAAGGUUGUUCCCAACCAGGGGGAGAACUCUUACAUAGCAUAGUUGACUACCUUAAGUCCAUGCGACAAGAGUACUGUCCCUUGCCUGUCUGGUCGCCACCAGGCACAUGCUCUGUUGCCGAGGCGAGGAAUUGUGUCAAGCAUCUUGGAAUGAUUCAGGCGCUGGGCUCUCCUUUCGGUGAUAUCUGCCCUUAUGUGGACAGUACCAACAUGUGUGUGGGCCAGUUUAUAACUGACUGUGACUCCGACUCCAUUAAUGCAAUCAUCGAGGAAGGCAUGUAUGCUCAGAGCAGUCUUGGACAGGUGUCCUGUGCCAAACCUGCUUGGUGCCUGCCUACAAGGGAAGAUGGUGAGGAAGGAGACAUGGAGGGAAAUGCAACCAUACCAAGAGAUGAAACUGAAUUGCCCUUCUGUGGGGAACCAUCCACUUGCAGUCUGGUAUAUGAAUCAUGCCUGAAGGAAUCUGCAAACGAGACAUGCGCAAAUACCACAGAAGUAGCAGCCUGCAUUGACAGGCAGAUGGCUGACUGCACGAACGCCCAAAAGACCAUCACUAGGGCAAAUAUUCGCUCCUACUCUGCAGGUUAUUUGCCAGAAGGUUGUAACAUCAUCUCUGCUGAGCUUGAUGCUAUUCCUACAAGUCCUUUUGACCAAUGUAGGGCAAAUAUGACUGAUAGAACUUACAACACAACUGCAGACUUCUGUGUGGCUAUAGCGGAAUUUUCUGACUGCAUAAGACCGAACAUGAGCGAUAGUAGGAGUGACCUUCCAACCACUAUGGCCGCCAGUUUAAAGGUGGUGUCCCACAUGAUGCGUGUUUUCCAUGACGACUAUUGCUCAGCGAUGCCAAGUGAAGAGGACCGAGAGAAGCCAAGUGAAGACAAUCAAGAAGAUAAUGAAACAAAAGGGGAGACCAGCUGUCCAGUAUUUGCCGAGGCUACAGACCACCUGAAAUGGGCGUUGAAUGUUGGAGCUAUCCUGCCAUUUUAUCCCCAGUCAGACAGGGCAAGAAUAUGUGGAAGAGGUGAUCGACUUCUUACUGGAGCCCAAAAACUGAUAACUGAAGGAUGUAAGGACAAACGCAAAGCCAUGGAUCUUCAAAACACGCUGAAUCUCCUUAAAGGUCUCUCGGACAAUCUUGGAUACUGCAGUCGCGAUCCCCACCCCCGAAUUUGCUAUCCCCAGGGUGCAUUGAAUUGUCUGAUUGAGCUCGGGACUCAUGUAGAUGUGUAUUACAAAACCGGCAUGAAGGGACAACUCUCUUCGCAAACAAUUCUUGCCGAGUCAUGCAUUAGCUACAACUUAAUGGCCUGUGAGGGAGCCGUCCGACAUCACAUAGAAUUCACACAUUUCCAAAUGCACACCGUCGUAGAGGAAAUCACCCUACCGACCCCCAAGCCUGAACCUAGCUUGCAGUGUUCUCCACUUAAUCCUGAGGGGGAAAGCGAGGGGCAAAACAAGGGGAAGGUACCUGAUGAGGAGGAGGGAAGUCAGAGUGAGGAAGAUGACGCCGAAGAGGGAAUGCGUAAACGUCGCAGUGUAUCGAGAGAUGAUGAAGAAGGUGGAAGUAGCAGUGACGAGGAGGACGGAUCUCAAAAUAAUAGCACCAGUACAAACAGUGAUCAAGGCAUUAAGGAUGGAGAAAAGGACAGUAAAUCCUCUAUGUGCGACCUUGCCGGGGCUGCCAAGUGUAUACAUAGGUUGUACGCAGAUAUGACCAGUGAUAAGCCAGACUGGAAGAAGAUAUGUCCGACUGUGCCAUACAUGACAGCCUGUGUAGAGCGCCACAUGUACGGCUGCAGUGCUGCUGAUAAGGAAACCAUGGUUAAGGUCACCGCUCGAGUGAAAGCCCCUUUGGCUGACCACUGUCCGCAAGUCACAUGUGAAGUAUGCAAGGCGGAGGCUUGUCUACGCAAAAUGCCUGAGCUGGAUAUCGAUGAGGGAUUUUGCAGAUCAGCACUUGAGCUCCAGAGUUGUGUUCGCAAGUAUACCCGAGGUUGUGGUGAGGAUCACGCUGGCCUGAUCUGGGCUGAAGCCCGUAAGAUGGAUGUAAGGAUUGAACAGUUCUGCACCCAGAAAGUUGGAGACUGUGUAUCAGACUUCACAAAGGCUGCAUGGGAUCUCCUGCUAUACGAUGGUCUAACAUUGAAUCCAGUAGACCCAGAAAUGGAUGAUGAGGAUGACAUUGGAAGUGCCAGCUCUGAUGACAAAAGUGACAGCAUUGAUGACGAAUGUGAUGAAGAAAAAGUUGAAGAAGAUGUAAAAGAAGUUGUUAAUGGGACCACUGGAUCAAAACCAAAGGGAGAUUCCAAAGAGAAUGCAAAUUCUAUGGGUAGCUCAAAAUGUAAGAAGUCUGGAAGCAAGGAAAAAAGUCAAAACUCAGGAAGUGGCAACACUCAGAUUUCCGAAAAUGAAAAAUCUCAGGGUAAUGGGGAAAGAACAGAGGAGUCCAAAGAUGGCGAUCAUACUUGUAAAAAUUACAAGUUAAAGGGAGAACCAUGGUAUAAUGAUUAUGUUACAGAUGUCAUUACAGAGGUUUUCGAUUUCCAUGUGGACUACCUUAACCUUGAUGAAGAUCAAGAAAUCGGCUCAGCUGAUGAAGAAAAUGCUAGUGGUUCUGAUGACUCUGACGAUGAAGACUCGGGCAGCGGUAACGAAAGUUCUAAAUCUGACGAAAAUAUGAGGGUGAGGAGAGCAGCUACCGCCAAUAACUCCGGAACCAACGAUAAACCAUCGGGAGCAAAAGAUGAUAAAAAGAAAGAAGAAUUGGGAUCGACCUCUGGAGGCUCAGAUUCACUGGAUAAAAAGGAAGAUAAAGCUAUUGAUAAGGAUGGGAAACAAUCAGACAGUUGUGAGCAGGAGAGACGAUCGCCUUUACAUCCGGACUUGCAAGGGUUGUGUAAACGUCUGUACGCGGCGUGGGAUUGUGUGUCCAGUAAUGGGUUUUUGAUGGACAAGCGGGUUGCUUCUCCUGUGAAAACAUAUCUAAAAGCCAUACUGACUGCAGUAACCAAGAAGUGUAAAGUUGUCCCAGUGCAGUGUCAUAAAUGUAAGGGUGCUGCAUCUCACGAGGAAUGUGAUGCCGAGCCACUAAGAGUGUGUGGUUCGAAGGCUCAGACGUGCAGAACAUACGAAACACGUACUGCCAAUAAUAAGACGACCAUAACCAAGCAGUGUGCUAAGCCGGAGACUUGCGUGAAUCAGUGUAAAGAGAACGGUCUCUGCCAGAUGUGUUGUGUUGGCCACCUCUGCAAUAGGGGAGAUAUCGGCUAUGAACGUGUGUUAAAGGAUAUAAACAUCACUCAAGUUGAAGAACCCAAGGAACCCAAGGAAACAUGUAACAUUUACCGCCAGACCUAUUGUAUAUUUGACGUGGUGACCAAAUUGAUGUCGACACGGCAGGUGGAUUGCAAAAUGAUUUUUGUGACAAACAAGUGUAUCGAGAGCAUAGAAACGUCAUGCCGCUCAAACGAGAUGUACCAAGUCCUAUCAAUCUUCGCACAUAAACUUCGUCAAGGUUCGGUCUGGCGCCAAUGUCUCGCUCAGGAAAGGGACUGCAAUUGCGGGGCAUUCAACAUACUGGCAUUGAAUGCAGCAUUCAAUCCCUACACUGAAGGGAAAACUGCUUGCAAGCACCUUACCUCAGCCUAUGGAGUUGCAAGUAGCUUGAACGUGGACCAAUGUAUGGCAGAUGACAUGGUUUAUACCAAAACAAGUCUCCAUGUUGCCCACUCCAAGAUUGCGGGCAUCUGUGGUGGCGAUAGUAAAGAACCUGAAAAGGUGUGCCCAGCCUUGACUGAAGGAACAGAAUGUGAGCCUGAAUGUACAAAAGACAGACCAUGUACAGAUGCUGGAUAUACGUGCUGUUUUUAUGAUGAAUGUGGACUGUGUAGACAGCUUGUUGCUGUCACUUCUGCCGGAAAUGAGACAAAUGAAAUUCCAGUAGAACCAUCACGUCCAGAUCCAGUGCCUAAGACAGGAUUCUGUCCCUUGGUUGAAAAAGGCGACGUAUCUAUCUGCAUGACAGAUUGUAACCUGGAUUUAGCUGAUGAAGGGUGUAACGGAACAAAAAAGUGUUGCCCUGUAGCAUGCGGUGGGGGACUGUGUACGGAGCCUCUGCCGACUAAGCCUGGCCCAAGGAUGGAGUGUGCGGAGCCUUCAUCAAUCCGGUGUGCAGCUGAUCCUUGUACGGUGAACACCUGUGAAAAUUACCAAGAUGCCAUUUGCAAUGCCUAUUACUGCAAAGACUGUGAUCCUAGCUAUGUAUAUGAUGGAGUUGAUGUUACAUCUGACUGUAGUCCACGAACUUCCGAGGUUUGUGACCUGGAGAUCGAGGACGGAGACUGUUCAAGUUCAUUGAAAAUGUGGGCAUUCAACAAUCAAACAGGCCAAUGUGAGCAAUUUGAUUGGUCAGGAUGUGGAGGGAAUCUGAACCGGUUUAACACCAUGGAUCAGUGCUGGAAAACAUGCUUUGAUAAAUCAGAUGCCAUGAUCAAGACUUGCCAGGAUAUUCGUGAAAGCGUGCGAGAUCACGCCAGAAGAUGGAGCAGAGUCCUCACGACCAUUGAGCCACUUCAGGCUUGUGGUUUCCUGAAGAGACAAUUUGAUUCAGCCUUAGAAGGCUGCCUAGUUGAAGAUGUAAGAGCGAAUUUGACUGGUCAGGUACUUGAAAUGCUGGAAUUUGAUUGGUCAACGUGUGAGGAUUCUGGGAAGGAUGAUGAUGAUGAAAAGGAAGAAGAGGUUAAGGAAGAUAUGACAUGUUUGCCAAUCUCAGAAAUAAACAUGCAGUGUUCAACUGUAAACAUUGAGUCUUGCGAGGACCUGGCUACCUAUGUGUCCUGUACAAAGAAUCUAACCAAGGGAUGUAACUCUGUACAGAUUAUUCCCCUUUACAUGAGCCUUGCAUCUGCACAAACUCUUCUCCAGGAGAAGGAAUUGGAGUGUGAAAAUAUGGAUCUUGAACUUCCAGCCAACGAAAUGACUCCGCUAAGGCAAUGCGUGCAUAGCUUCAUCAAUGGAUUCACUACUGGCUUAGCAGAUAAAUUUAUUCCACUCGGUGACGCGAGCAACAUGUGCUCAAUGGCAGAAGAUUUCAGUACCUGCGUCUACAGAAUUCCAAACCUCCCAUCGAAGAGGCUUGUCUCUGGCAUGGUUGACAUUACAUCAAAAUUGAUUGACGAUUUUUGCGUUGAUGUGCCAGUAGAGAUAGAACCAGUUGUUGAGCCUAUACAGUGUUACACAUGUGAUCGCACUUCCGUUUCUGAAAACGAGACCUGUAACACAACUGUUGAGACCUGCCCUUUCAACAAACAGUCAUGCCAGGUGAUACUUGAAAUUCGUAAUGGCGAUAAUUUUGUUACCAAAGGCUGUAAGAAUCCUCGAGCUAAUGAAGCAAUGGAGAAAGUAAAGGUGACUGGUAAUGGGAUUACUGUUCGCUGGGAUUGUAACAAAACACUGUGUAAUGAGGCGCUUGAGGAGCCAGUCGUUGACAGGGUUGAUCAGACUGGUAACAAUGGAGAGGAACCGGAACAGGAGGCUGGUGAGGGACAGACUCAACAAGUAAAUGAGAAUGCCUUAUGCCAGUAUGCAGAGUUUGGUGCCCUUGCAAGACGUCACUUUACCCAACAGUUUAUUCUAGGAUUUUCUCACGCACAGGAUUACAUGGACUUCUGCAACGCUACAAAUCUCAAUAAAACAGAGGAAUUGGUGAACCUGUACAAAUCUAACUGCUCUGCAGGCCUUCAAGAGCGUAUGGAACAAGUGAGCACCAGUUUCGGUUACCUGGCAACAACAUCUUGUCCAAUCGCAAUGCCUGAAACUGAGGAGGGGGAGGAGCCAGAAGAUCUGAAAUGUGAUUGGUCGACAUGCACAAUGCCUCUUAUGCCCAUGUUUAACACAACUGGUCUGCCAAAUUAUUGCCUACAUGUCGGAAAAUCAUUGGAAUGCCUGUCAAAGUUAGAGUGUAACUCUAGCAAAAAAAACGAGAUCGCCAAAUUUUUAGGACGCCUUCAAAGGGUGGUUACCAGGGGUAGUGAGUGUUUUGACAGACUACAAGAGUCAGUGUGUAACUACACAUAUAUCUGUGACCUGACGGCAGUAACCACAAACUGCUCCACGCUACUGAAUUCAUCAGAAACUGAUCCAGAGCAGAUUUGUCAAAAUCAGAGGAGUUAUGAGGAGUGUGUGAGAUAUUACACUGGUCAAUGCCCAGAAGGUGAAGACAUUACUAACCUCUCCCGAGAUGCAGUGCCCACAGAUUGUAACUCUACCAUGGAUGAAAUUGAGUCCGAAUUUGAAGCCCCGAAAUGCGAAGAGCCAAUGAGUGGCAAUUGUAAUGUGUUGAGUGCUGUCAGUAGCGCUCAACAGAUUUUCGUUGCAAACAUGGACAACAGUAAUGGAAUUUGCAUUCCAAAUGCCGAAGCGAUAACCAACUUGACCAAUGAGAUAUCUGGGUGUGGAAGACUAUCUGCAACGCUUGCCUCUGUGUCCAUUACGAAGGGGCUUAUGCUUAUUGACCCAAUGUGUGAAAUCUCAUUUGAUAUUCCUGCUGACAAUGAGCGCCCUUGGGCAAAUUGUGUUUCUGAUGCACUUAACUCGACUAAAGCUAAUAUGCCCUUUGAAGUGAUUGCAGAGCUUGUAUCAUGCAUGGAAAGCGGGGAACUAUCAGAGUUUGAUUCCCACAUAUUUGCAUCUCAACUCCAAUACUUGAAGGAGCUCAAUAACACAAUCGAAGCUGUUGUGCUUCCUGGAGAGACCAUUAACUGCAAGCCAAAGCAGUUUAUUCACUGCAAACUGUCAUACUUCCUCAUGGACAUUUUUGCUCCUGCGCUUCCACUUCCAGCUAGAAAGACAUUGUGUGAAAGCCUAUCAGCUGAAAGAUCAGUUUGUGAUGGUUACAUUGCUGGGUGCGCAGACUUCACCUACCCACUGGAGACAACAAGCCUUGACCUGUGCAUGAAACCCAAAGAGCCCGAAUGGCCGACGAUCCGAUGGCAACCCAAAUGUGACCCCUCCAUGGCUAUGACCCUUAUUUCUGAGCUGGGACUUUCAUUGUCCAAAUGCAUCGACCGAGAUGAUUUGAAAUUGGAAGUAUGCAGGUCUAUCGGUCUGAUAGAGAAAAGAGUGGGUCUCAUCAUAGAGCCAUGUUCCGAACUCACUAUCUACCAAGUCAAACAUUCAUGGAAUGAGGUAAGCAAGCUUGCCAAACAUAUUUGUACUCCCGGCCCUGAGGACUAUGUACCAAAUGUCCCAGUCUGCAUUCCCGAGGGUUACACCAGUCAGGUACAAACUUGUGAGCCGAGAAAGGCGAUUCAGUGCCUCGCCGACCUACAUCGAGAGGUCUUCAUGGAAACCAGCACUGAAAACAGAUUCUGUUUAAUGAAGCGUCGAGCAGUGCAGUGUUUCCUCGACAACACAGGAGACUGUGACCCCUAUCUUGCAGCAGCCAUUAACCCCUUGGUGUACCGCAUGUUCUCCCAGUUUGAGGGACGUUGUAAUGACCUCUGGUGCCCUGUUCAGUCACGACCUUCAACCUGUGACCUUUCAAAGGCCAUGAUCUGCAAGAGUACUCUUCAAAUGAAGAUUAAUCAGGGUGAUAAAGGAGCUUGCGAUAUGAUCACGGAAACCAAAGACUGUAUGAGAAAUGCAGCAGCUUGGUGCGACUGGCUCGGGUCACUCUGGCUCAGAGAGGAGCUUUAUUCUGUUGACAUUUUGGCUGCAAGGGCGUGUAUCAAGCCUCAAGUUGCUCCAGUUCCGGAGAUCGGACCAUGUAUCGAGAAUUACAAGAAGAUGGCCUUCGAGCUGCUGGUUAAAGAUGGCUUUGGCUUUGAUAUUAAACCACACCCUUUUUGGAAUAUGACCAAAGGCAAUGAUAGUGAUGCCAGUUCAAGAAGUAAAGAUAGUGAUGCUAGUGCUGGAAGCAGAGAUGGUGAUGCCAGUCCAGGAAGCAGAGAUGGUGAUGCCAGUCCAGGAAGCAGAGAUGGUGAUGCCAGUCCAGGAAGCAGUGAAAGUGAUUCCAGUGCAAGUGUUGAUGGUAAACUUAAAGUAGUUGAAGUGUCGUCAGUAAGAGAUGUUGUUCCUGUCAUUGAGAUAGGCAUGUCAAUAACAUGUGAGAAACUUCAAGAUGCAUGGGGAUGUGUUGAACCUAGUUUCGCUGUCUUGGCUCCACGCCAGCGACUCAUCGUUUCCAUGGUGAUGAAGGCAGUCAGGGAUGCUGUCAUGGAAAAAUGCCGACCAAUUCACUGCCACUCCUGUUACGGUAUUGAAGACAAUGAUCUCUGUAACGCCCAGCCUACAGGUCCAUGCCCCGCCUCCGGAAAACAGAUGUGCUACAGUUUAAAAACCGAUGAGGAAAAGCAUGAAAAGGGAUGCGCUAAUCCCGAUUUCUGUGAAGAGUGUGCUGGAAAGGACAACUGCUAUUGUUGCCAUGGACACAAAUGUAAUGCAGAUGAAGAGGAGCCGGUUUGCGAGGUUGAGAUGGCUAUGAACUGUUUCUACCGACUCGUCGCCAUUGUUCAGACAACGGAGGAAGUUACCUAUAUACAAAUCAAAGAAAAUAUUGAAUGUGUCAUCAAUCACACUGAAAGCUGUGCUACGAAGCAAUACCACUACAUGUACGAGAUCGCAAUCGCUAUCCGCGAGAUGUUUGCCAGGGGAGAGUGUGUCAGUCGCUUUGGGGACCCGGUCUGUGCCACGCCCAGUAUUCUUGCCCUGGGAUAUAUCAUUAGUAGCCCAGUGAGAUUCAAGCCCUCCGUGUGCAAGCAAUAUGAUGUAACAGGCUCUGUCAUUGAGAGAGUGAAGGGCGAUGAAGUAUGUUCUGCUGAAGAGAUGAAUAGAGCCGCCUCCGCCUACUCCAGUGCCGGAAAACAGAUUGCUGGCUUCUGUGAUAUUGAGGAUAUUGAAAUUGGUGUCUGUGAUACACCCGGAGCAAGGAAGAUGUGUCUUGAGGAUAAAAUGUGGCUUCCAGCUGAUUCGUCCGAAUGCAGUGCUGAAAAUCUUGAUGGAUUUAAGAACUGCGUGGUGCAGAAGACCAGUGGAUGUAAUUCGAUUGUUCGCAGUGUCCUAUAUUACCCUAUUCUGUCAUAUUUUGAUGACCUCAAAGCAACUUGCGACGGACAAGUAAUCGAUCAGAAUGGCAUCAUGGCUGAGAUAUUUGCUGGAGAUGAAUUAUCCUCAGUAUCUACCUUGUAUGUCGAGUUCAUCCAAGAAUUGGAGGUAUCCCUCAUAAACUCUUUGAAUUUCCAAGAAGACAUGUGCCGGCUGGUUGCCAAACUCAGUUCAAAUGUCUCGGAGUCCGAAGUGUCCCCUCUUGCAGGUCUUUACGCCUCGAUGAAUCUUGAUUUCCUAUCGGAUACGCUUGCCGACGUCUGUAAAAAUACGUACCUUACUGAGGAUAUUGUGCAAGAAGAAUGCAGUCAGAUAGAUCUCGACCUUGUUAUGGUUCUAGACGGCUCCGGAAGUGUUACAGAGCCAAACUUUGAAAUUAUUCGACAGUUUGCGAAGAACGUUGUGACUCUUGCUAACACUGAACAUGUCCGAAUUGGCGUCAUUCAAUUCUCUAAAGACGUCGUCGAAGAGUUUUAUAUGAACGAUUAUUUGAGUGAAGUCAAUGGUGUUUUGCAACAGGACAGAACAAUGAUGUUAGAUAAACUCAACAAUAUGACGUACCUCCUUGGCAACACUUACACAAAUAAAGCCAUCGAUGUAGCGAAAGAGAAAUACUUUACAUCAGAUUAUGGAGCACGAAAGGAUGUUAAAAAACACUUGUUAAUAUUAACUGACGGAAAAUCGACAGACAAUGAGGCUACACUAAGGUCUGCAGCUCAAGCGAAGCGGGACGACAUUCACAUUUUUGCCGUUGGAAUUAAAAUGGAAGAGGAAGAACAGAUUGAGGAACUCCGGGAAAUGGCAAGCGACCCAUGGCAACAGAAUGUCUUACGAGUACAGAAGUUUAAUGAUCUUGAUGGUAUCUUCACAAAGAUAUUCGCCUACUUUUGCAGAAAGGCAACACCCAGUGAGUGUGACUUUAAAGCGCUCGUAAUGGACUCCACCUCUACCCUUCUCCAGUCGAUGACAACCACGUUUAGCCCCAUCGAUGAAGGUGGAGCAUUGUGCAGAAGUAUAGAAACUGUGUUUAAGGCAACAUCAAGCAAGACUCUGACCUGCGCUCGGCACGAGAGGGCUGCCCUUCAGAUCGUAGAAUCUGUGACCAUGGCAAGCCUACAACAAAACUGCCUCAAUCUCGGCGAGGAUGAAGUUGUGGAGUGUGAUACUAGAAAGGCGACAAUGUGCAUACAGGACUUAGCGGCUUUCACUCGCUCACACCAGUUUGAGGAAAAAGUGUUUUGCAAAAAAGUAGAGAAUGUAGUUGAUUGUCUUCAUUACUAUUUCCCGGCCUGCGCUGACCGAAACAUGUUUGCCAAAGAAAUGAAUAUGAUCAAAAGCAUUGUCAACCAUAGGUGUCCAGAUGAACUUCCAACACUCAUGUGCUGGCUUGAGGAGACAAAUGGCACUGAUAACAAUGAAGGUUCAACAAAUGGAGAUGGCUUCUCUGAAACGUGUGACCUGGUCACCAUGGCUUCAGAAUGUGUUGGGGAAAUUGACUUUACGAACCUAGGAAAUAUUUUUUUCAAUCCUUGCGAUACAUUCAUUGACAGUAUAGGAGAGGUGUUUGAAUGCGGCGUUAGAAAAUUUACUGAAGGCAAGUGUGCCGUGAAGUUGUUCGUAGAUCUCAGAGAGGCGAUCAUGGGAGUCGAUACAGUUAAUAACCUCAUAAGAAAUGUUGGAUGCGAAAUUCCGGAAGAUCGGGAAAUAAAACUACCUGAUGAUUAUGGCGUUGUCAAGCCAACAGAGUGCGCAGCAUUGCCUGUUUGCGAUUUGAUGACCGUGAACGAAUGUUUGCAGACAUUUGAUGGAACAGCUAGUGGUGAUUGCAAGAACUGGGCCGACGUGUAUUCCUGUAUAAAGACAAAAAUUGUUGGAUGUGGGGGCUCAGACUAUUAUGUCCAGAUGAGUGCAGUCUAUCAGUAUGCGAAAAAUACCAUAAGUAUUCCUGAGGCUUGUCUCACUGACAUCAACCUGAUCAAUGAUGACGAAAAUUCCCAGCCUCUGGUCAUGUGUGUACAAACUGCCAUACAGAAAAUAGGAUCUGACCCAGCGUGUGAUGUUUUUGGAAACUUCAUGCUAUGUGUGAAGACCCUGCCCGCAUCUGUGUUUCGAUCUGGCCUCAUGGACAAGCAGUUGAACAAGUUUUCUGCCAUCCUUGAAAGCUACUGUAGCAAAGAAACAACAGAAGAUGGUGCAGUGAUUGAAGAAUGCAAAGUUUCAGAGGAACACCUUAUGUGUGUAAGACAGUACGGGGGCCAAGCACUGCUGGGUCUCACUCUUUCACAGGUUGAACAAGGCAAACUCUGCGAUAAGUACAGAGUCCUUGAGUGUACCUACGAUAUUAACACAAACUGCUCAGUGGGCCAGCCUGCAGCGAAACUCCUUGAGACACACAAUUUGAUCCAGACCUUUACUGGACUGGGUGGGGCAUGCUUUGAAAAACCACUGGAGUGCUCUGUAAAUUCCGCCAUGCGCUGCAUCGAUGGUUUGAGUCAUGCAGUGUCAAUCCACGACUAUACUAGCUCAGAAUCUUCCAAUGUCUGCGUAAUACUUGAACAAACUCGCAAGUGCCUGAUAGAAACCUUGUCUGGCUGCCCAUUAGACGAGCGCAAAUCCUUAAUGACAACAUUCUACCAAGUUGAAUGUCUAGCGCUUGACGUGUGCACAACAGGAAAACAUGAAUGGGAAGAUCCAGAGGGUGAGCCAGAAGAAUGUGUUGACCCAGCGGUUGUGGCCGCCGAUGCAGUGUGUAGUGUAACUGGCGCAUUGCAGUGUGUGCGUGAUUUCGGACACAAGUCGAACAAUCCGUUCCUGAAGUUCCCACGUAAAGUCACAUGCCUAGCUUACUCAGAAAUGUUGAAGUGUGCCUUUAACAACAUGCAUGGCUGCGGGCAAGCGGAAACAGGAAUUGUAACAGCCGUACUGAACAAUGUCCAAAAGUCAAUUGCCGACCUAGAAUGUCCAACUAGCAUUCGAACACCAUGCUUCGAAGUCGCUGACUGUGGAUUAACUAAAGCCAAGUUAUGCAUCUCCCAGUUUUACACCAACUAUGAUUCAUUUGUUGAACAAGGAAUACUAUGCACUAAAAUAGAAGAGGUUCAAGCUUGCAUUGAUGCGUCGUUAGAUACCUGCUCCAAUCAAGCUAUGCUUGAAAUCGAGACUGCUUACAAAACCCUCGUAGAUUAUGCAAAUGUCACGUGCAGCGAUGAUUUCUUGGGCUGCGCUAACAAAUACCUUCAUUAUGUUAUCGAGAUUGUUGUAUGGAAGAACAAUAAACCAACAGAGGUGGUAGCGCCAGAGCCUUCAUCAGGAACAGCAUCAGCAGGCACUGGCGGUAGCGCUGGUACCAAGACAAAGACGAAGACAAAGACGAAGACAAAGACAAAGACGAAGACAAAGACAAAGACAAAGAAAUCAACAAAAGCCCCAUCAAAGGAGGUGGUGGAGGUUACAACAAAGGCACCAGCACCACCUAAGAAUCCAGAGUAUGAGGAAACACUGAUCAUGCUGUGUACACAGUUUAAAUUGGCCUGGGGUUGCUUAGAGAAUGAGUGGAAUUACUUGAGUGGUUCGCGUAAAGAUUAUGUCAGUUCAAUCUACCGAGGGUAUCACAGAGUCGUUCUUGAUAUCUGUGAAGGUCCAAAGUAUGGCUUUUGUAAGAAAAAGGACAUAGAUUUCACCGAGAUGACUUGCACAACAGACUUUAACUGUAUUAAUGAUAAGAAGUGUUGUCGAAGGGGUACAGGGACUAUCUGCAUCGAUCCAGAACCUCAUGAUUAUGAAUGUUAUUCACAGUUUAUUGUGUUCACUCGAGCAUGUAUGACCAUUAGCCGAACACUGUACCUGAGUCAGCAAAAUCAAUUCUGCAGCAUAUAUGAAGAAAAAUUUACGUCCCUAGGAGCAAUUCUUGAUAUGACGGUGUGUCCGAACGAAUAUUUUAUUGAAGCUAAGGCAGUGUGGACUUCAAUCAGUGCAGCCUAUUCUCUUUACUGCCAGACCCCAACAGAGCCCCCAGUCACAUGCGUUAUUGGCGACGCCCAGGCAUGCUUUACUGUUUACAACGCUCUUCAAACAACGAACAAUGAUGUACUCUGCACGGAAUUCAAUGUGCUGAAAGCUUGCUUGACGCUGGUCCUUGAUAAUUGUAAAUCUGAGAGCGAGACUGAAAAUGCCAUCAUCAUCGAAUACACCACUAAGAUGGCAAAAAUUGAGAACAGCCUGAUCUGUUAUAAACUGCCAGAGAUCGUCUGCGAGUACAGAGAAAAGAACAUCCUGAUACACGAGGGUCAGAUUCAUGAACAAGAGCUCGGUUUCCAUCUGACUGCUGACCCUAUACCACUAUGUAAUGGUUCACCGUGCCAGAUACGACUCGAUUUUGAAGUAGUGGAAGACCCGAAAAAACAACCCAAAUGCUCGAAUGGUAAUAGAAUCAAGCAGAUUUUACUUGGCCGCAUGUGCGACAUGUCUUUUGAUAUUGAUAACUGGAAUACAACGCAAUCAAUAACUUUGACAGCUCGUAUGGACUUCAAGAAAGACAAAGAUUUUGCCGGCAAACUGAAAGUCCACGCCAUACUUAUCAAGAAUGGUCAACCCACACAAGCAAUUGAGGCCUGUCAAUAUAACGUUAUUGCCCAGAAUAAAGAUAGGCGUGGCAGUUGUGCAAGCAGGAACGAUCCCCACAUGACCACCUUUGAUGGAAAGAAAUACAACAACUUUUUACAAGGGGAGUUUGUCCUUUUGCUGAAUGAGAAAUAUGAUUAUGAGGUCCGUGCCUUGUAUGCUCCAUGUAAUCCGAAGAGUAAGAAAAAUCCUACCUGUAACUGUGGCGUAAUGGUCCGAAGUGGUGACGACACAUUCGUUUAUAAUUUGUGUUACGGAAAUAAAGAACACGAGAAAACGAAGCCACGAAUGUUGUCUAACAACGCCAUCACAUCAGGAAUGAAAGUAACUUCAUACAAGAAGGGAAAAGCCUUUGAUGUCUACCUGCCGAUGGGAGGGAUUGUGACAAUUAAAAGAGGGGGAAAGGGGAAGGAUAUCACCUUCAUGAACAUUAACAUCAAGCCUUCUCCUGCUGAUUGGGAAAAUGUCGUUGGAUUAUGUGGAAACUUCGAUGGAGAUAGGAAGAAUGAUUUUAUUGGCCGAGAUGGACGUCAGAUUGAAGACUUGGAUGAGUUUAACAAAGAGUGGCAAUCCGCCCCUGACAACACAAUGUUUGAGGGAGUUAUUGCAAAACCACUCACAAAACAGUUUGCAAUGGGAGACUUCUGCGAAUAUAAUGAAGACUCUGAACGGUGUGAAUGCGGAGUGACCAGUGUAUUAGAAACUUGUGAAUCACAAAAAGGCAAAGAUGUGACCCUGACCUUGCCUGGCCCACUCGCAGUUGCUACUGGAAGAAAGAAGAGGGCUGUGGGAGACCCGUUUGCUGACAUGGGCAUGGAUGUCAACGCACCUCCACCACCUGAGCCCACUUGGCCCACACCAACCGAGGGAAUAACAUUGGACCAAGCAAACCAAACAUGUUACAGCAAGCUGAAUGAAGCGGGAUUUACCGCAACCUGUAAGGAUAUUGUUCCGGAGGACGAACUCAAUCAGAUUAUCACGGACUGCAUUCUUGACAUUCAGCUGAUGGAAGAUCUGAAUACAGCUUUUGUUGGGGAGCAGGUCGACGGCUACCGACAACUGUGUGAGACGGAAGCCUCUUUAAGCACUAACACAUCGAUAAUUAAUAGCGUUCGAGAUGUGGCCUGUGAUAACUCCUGCUCUGGAAAUGGUGUUUGCCAAAACUUGACUUGCGAAUGUAAUGAUGGAUUUGAUGGAUCCGAUUGUUCGAUCAAUUUGAGCGAUCCACCAGAGCUUGAUGAGAUUGUCAACCCACAAUGUACUUCGACUGCCGACAACAUAUGUAAGACUGUGACUGCCAUCGGAAAUGGUUUCGUCGAGAGUGCCCACUGUCACCUUGAGACUGUUCAGAUAACGGAGACUGGUAUUAACAAAACCGGAAGUACAGUUACCACAGUUCCAGCAACCUGGGUCUCGUUUGAGGAAGUGACGUGCGAUCUUUCCACCUCUGGUUCCCUGCCCUUGCAUUCAGUGCUGGUAUCCAUUAGCAACAACGGGCAGGUCACAAGUCAGAGUCCGCAGCAUCUAUUUUUAGCGCACAACCCAAUAUGCUUUGACUGUCAGCUGAAUGCAAAUGAUGUUGUAGAGGGAACUUGCACGCCACAGCAAGCCAGCUGCUACGUGGAUGGAGUGUGUUACCGACCGCUGGAGGUCAGCGUGAACGAUGAAUGCUACUUGUGUGACGUAUACACUCAGACACUCAAGUACACUAUAUCGGACAAAUGCCCUGCCCCCGCCACCGAGCCACUUAUUAACGACGCAGCGCGAGAAAUGAAUGAUCGAGUUGUCAUUGGUUUGUCAGCAGGAAUUGCCGGUCUUGUGUUGGUCAUCUUGGUCGUGGCUGUGGCUGUCUUUGUUUACAAUCACAUGAAUAAAAAGGCUUCACCAGACAAGAAGUCACUAACCAGACGGUCACCAAGGUCAAGCGAGGACGGCGAUGGAGAAUUCCGCGAGAUCGUGUAUCCCAUGGUUAACCCCGCGUACGCCCCAUACAUGGGCCCCUACUCCCCACAAUAUAUGCAGGCCCCUGGCGAGUGGUUUGCUGAUCGCGUGCCCAAACGUAACCACUCACGAAACAGCGAUCCAACCAGAGAUCGGUCGUCUAGAGACUCGAGGGAUCGACGUGUGAGAAUCGAGGAGGAAUUUGAUACUGUCUAUGACAACCGAGGCAAUUUCGAUCGCGCCAUGUACACAGCAUAAACAGUUGUAAAUUUGUGAAAUCCUCCGAAUAAAUUGAACAUUUAUUAUUUUUAGUAAAUAGUGAUAAAUAUGCAGCAUGAAUCCCAUAUCACUGUUCUAGUACUAUUGUUAUUGCAUGUAAUAGUUUGAAUGGUUCUAAAAUUGAUGACUUUAUUAUACAUGAACUUCUAAAAUUCAUAAAUAUAUUUAAAUUUGAAAAAAAUAUUUUAUUACUUUAUUACACAAACACAUAGGGUAAAUUUCUACAGUGUUCAAUUUUUGAUUCCUAUGUAUAUGUGUAUUGAUAGAUGUUUUAGAUUCGCUAUACAUGUAACAGAGGGUAAUUUUUUAUUUGAUCUUGUUAGAUGCAAUUUAAUUUGUUUUUGUGACAAUCUGAAGAUUGUGAUAGCAAAGUUUAUCAUUUUAUAAUAGCACAAAGUACCACAAUACUCUUUGAUUUUGUAAAGGUUUAUGUACAUAUACAAGCAUAAUAUUUGUGUAAUUAGAAUAAUUAUUAUACUCAUAAAUUUCUUCAGUUUUUUCCUCUCAUUUUUUUUCUUCUUUUUUUUUGUCAGCAUUAAACGUUUUCAUCUGGUGUAAUAAAACUGUAAAUGCAAAUUAAUUUUCUCAUUAUAAUCCUUUUAUUUCAAACGAGAAAUUUGAUACGCUAUUAAAAACAAUGUUUAUUCAGUUUAAUUCUGAUUAUUGCUCAAAUUGUUUUUAUGUUUCUACAUACUGCAAUUCUACCUCUUAUUUGUACAAUCAUUUUUUUUUCUCAAUUUCUUGGAGGGCUGAAUAGCAAAACUUAAAUAUUAUGCAUCUUUGUAAUGAAUUAUGAUGUGUUAUUAUAACAGAGCUAAAUACAUAUACAUAUUUUAAGUUUAUCUUUGCCUUUAAAAUUCUAUGUUUGUUACAUAAAAGAAGGCAUUUUUUGUAUAAGGAACAUUUUUGAUACCACUGAAGCGAUUUUGAAGAAAAAUUAUAAUAAGAAAGAAAUGACAAAUUUUCACCAUACUGAAAGGCGCCAUUUACUGAACAUUACCUAGCAGGAAACAAAUGCUGAAAGUCAUUGUAAGAUCAACAAUGUUCAGCUCUCAAAUAUUAAUAUUGAUGAAUAUGAUUUAGGACCUUUUGCAUUCAACCCUCCAGAUUUUCUUAUUGCAUACAUGUACAUUCACUGACUUUGGUGCUUUAGCUUUGCUUGUAUGAAACAUGUGACUAACAUUAUUUCAUUUUUUAAAGUCAUCUGCUAUUUUUCUGCAUAACAUAAAAAGCUUGUAGGACAUAAAUGUUGUUAAUGAUCAGUUGUUACAAUUUGAAUUUAUCUUUCUAAUAAAGCUCUUUAAAUCUUA